AUGUCAGUGAUCGCCAUCAAUGAAUGUCCGUCUGAGAGAAGUGCUCCAAGCAAUGGAGAAGCGCAAGAGAUUGUUCAGCCAAACGAUGAAAACCUGAAACGUGCAGCUGCUGGAGGUAUUGGAGGUCUAUCCGGCAAUGAACUAUUCCUCGUUGUGCUAGCCAUCUGCGUCACUGCGUUUUGCGUUGUGAACCUCAUCUUCAACUACCAACACAUGAGCCUCAUCACAACUAUCGCUGCCUUGACGGUCGCCAUUUUGGCUAUUGUCGCAGUCAUCACAAAAUCUUCAAUACUCAUGUUAAUCGUUCUGAUUGUCUUGAGUCUUGUGGUUGGCACGCUAACUAUUAUACUGAUAAUCAAUGUGAUCGGUAUAAUCGUGAAUGGAUUUGAUUCUUCAACCGCAUUUAUAGUGUCACUCGUUAUUGCUAUCCUAAUAUACAUAGGCGCUAUUUUAGCCUGUAUUUCGGCUUGCGUACUUCACAAGCAGUAUUAG